ACCAAUUACCAUUUUUUUUGUAUAUACUACUGCAACUAUUACAUUGCAGCAUGUCAUGUCAUGUCAUGUGUACAACGAAACUGGACUAUAUUUUAUACACUACUUUAUUACUACUACUAUUUAAUUUUAUUUAUUUAUUUUUAAUUUCUAUUACUAUUUAAUUUAGAUUUGUUUGUAUGACAGACAAUGGCAUUGACCAAUAGUCUGGGCGGCCCCUUCCUAACCAUUUUAUAGGCCCAAAUAUAAGCCCACUAAUUUAGUACCCGCUCGUUGUUUAUCGUAGUAAUGUCACUCAUAAUACUACUCUAGUUCAUUUCAUUCUUUAUUUAAUUAUACGCAUGUAUAUGUACGUGUAUGCAUUAUUAUUAUUAUUAUUAUUACUAUUUGUUGUCUUUCAAAUUCUACUCAACUUCUUCUUCCCGGCGUUUGAUCGGCAGCCCAGAUCGCAUUAUGUAUUCGCACUGUUAACAAGAGAUUAAUUUUAAUUCCCUAUGCUCUUACCAACGCUACAUAUCUUCCAUGCGUUCGCAUAGAAAUUCGUUUCUUGUUGAACACCUUUUGUGUUUUUUCUCGGCAUACUUUUGUGAGCUGACGACAUUUUGUUGCCUCCCUGACGAAUGUAUGUAUGUCUAAAUUUGGCAAUCUCUUGUUUGUUUCUACGAUGAUUUUCUGGCGUACGUGCUUGAUCUAGAUGCGUGGCUGGCUGUGGCCCUGCGCAUACGUGCGUGUAUCCAUCGCCUCGCUGCAUUGCGCUUUGAAUUUUGGCAAUACUGGUGUUCUGGCGAUUUGGAGAGGAAGAUCAGACGGAGGUAUUCAAGCUCAUGUUUGAUCAUUCGACGACGAUGAGCGAUAACUUUUGUGCAAUUUCAAUCCCAAUAUCGAGAAUUUCAGGGUCCAAUUGUGGAAGGUGAUGGAUCCGAUAUUUCCGAAUUUGGUACUUUGGGAGCUUUCUGCUUUUCAUUUUUGACGGUGAGUAAUCAAUCCUGUUCGAGCGGCAUUGGUUUUGUUGGAAUUAAAGAGCUCUUCCGAGCUUACAGAAUUUAUGAUGAUUUUGCGUUUGGAGAAUUCUGAAAGUACUGAUCAGUGUGUUUUUUAAGAGAUAGCUAGAAGAUUAGUGUGACAAAGUGUGUGGAGAUGUCAAAUAAUAAGGUGGUGGUGUAUGAAGGAUGGAUGGUGAGGUACGGGCGCCGGAAGAUUGGGAAAUCAUUUAUUCAUAUGCGAUAUUUUGUACUUGAAUCUGAAUUGUUAGCAUACUACAAAAAGAAGCCCCAAGAUAAUGUGGUACCUAUCAUGACCCUUCCUUUAGAUGGAAACUGUAGGGUGGAGGACCGCGGAUUGAAGACUCAACAAGGACAUAUGGUUUAUGUUCUAACUGUUUACAGCAAGAAAGAGAAGUACCAUCCAAUUACGAUGGCUGCAUUUAAUAUUCAGGAGGCACUCAUUUGGAAAGAAAAAAUUCAAUCUAUUAUCGACCAGCAUCAAGAGCCACAAGCUGCUAAUGGUGAUAACUACCAUUCUUUUGAAUUCAAAACUGGCAUGGAAGUUGAAUUAUCAGAUCAGGAAAAUCGGUUUAGUGAUGCGGUGGAUGAAACAGAAAGUCAUCGAAGUUUGUUGCGUAGGACAGCUCAAGGGAAUGCUCCUCCUGAUUUUGUUUUCGAUUGGACAAAGGAAUUAGAUUCAAACUUGGAUUCUCCGAAUCCUAACAACCAAAAAUUUUCUCAAAAGUACUGGCGUCUUCUUCAGUGUCAAAAUGGACUUCGAAUCUUCGAGGGGCUUCUUGAAGUGGAUUUUCUUCCAAAGAGUUGUAAUCGAGCAAUGAAAGCUGUUGGGGUAGUAGAGGCUACCUGUGAAGAAAUAUUUCAGUUAGUAAUGAGCAUGGAUACGACACGAUUGGAGUGGGACUGCAGUUUCAAGGAUGGUAGCUUAGUUGAAGAAGUGGACGGGCAUACUGCUAUACUUUACCACAGACUUCAAUUAGACUGGUUUCCUAGAUUUGUAUGGCCACGUGAUCUCUGCUAUGUACGCUACUGGCGUCGAAAUGAUGAUGGGAGUUAUGUUGUGUUAUUCCGUUCCAGGGAGCAUGCGAAUUGCCGUCGACAACCAGGAUAUGUGCGAGCUCAUAUAGAGAGUGGAGGAUAUAAUAUAUCUCCUCUAAAACCUCAUAAUGGGAGAGCCAGAACAAAGGUUCAGCUUCUUAUGCAGAUGAAUCUGAAUGGAUGGGUAGUGGGUUAUACUUCAUCUUUUCAGCGGCACUCUCUUCUCCAGAUUUUAAACAGCGUUGCUGGAUUGAGAGAAUACUUUUCUCAGACCGAUGGGAGGCCCCCAGCUCCUAGAAUUCCUGUUCUAGUUAACAUGACAUCAGUAUCUGAUUCCCCAAAGAAGAGUGAGAAACUCGACUCACCAGCACCUCGUAUUCAUCACCGAACUCCUUCUCUUGAUCAAAUGCAUGCAGCAAAUCGAAAUGCUUCUUUGAUGGACGAAUACUCUGAUGACGAUGAAGAUUUCCAGUUUGCUGAUCAAGAUGUUUCAGAAUCUGCCAUAGAGGUUGGAGACAAAGCAACUGACCUUGAAGAUGACCCUCAAGACCAAAUAGAUGCCUCCAUUUUCACAGGAAGCCUUGGCCGUGAUGAUGAUGAUAACGCUUGUGAUUGCUGGACACUGUCUGAUGGGAACAACUUCAGAGUUCGUGGCAAGAACUUCUUCACUGACAAAUCGAAGUGUAAUGCAGGUAAACACCUUAUGGAUCUUGUGGCUGUAGACUGGUUUAAAGAUACAAAACGAAUGGAUCAUAUUGCCCGACGCAGUGGCUGUGUAGCACAAGUUGCAUCAGCCAGAGGAUAUUUCUCUAUUGUUGUUAAUUUGCAAGUGCCUGGAUCAACACAAUACAGUAUGAUUUUCUAUUUUGUAUCAAAGAAACUGGUCCGGGGAUCGCUUCUGCAACGAUUUGUUGAUGGGGAUGAUGAAUUCCGCAAUAGCAGACUGAAGCUUAUUCCAUCAGUGCCAAAGGGCUCGUGGAUCGUACGCCAGAGCGUUGGAAGCUCCGCCUGCUUGCUAGGGAAAGCAGUCGACUGCAACUAUUUCCGCGGCCUCAAUUACCUGGAAAUUGAUGUUGACAUCGGUUCUUCGACCGUGGCAAAUGGAGUCCUGGGGCUUGUCAUCGGCGUCAUCCGGACACUAGUCAUCGACAUGGCUUUUCUCGUGCAGGGAAACACUCCUGCAGAGCUCCCGGAGAGGCUAAUUGGCGCUGUCAGAAUUUCUCAUUUAGAAUUAUCAUCAGCACAAGAAAUGUCAUGGAUGGAGGCUGAGAAUCACUCCAAUUCCCAGUAAGCACCUACCACCCACACUGCAAUUCUAUGAUUACUACUAGUAUUAUUUGAUUCUUUUCACUCCUCCCGUCUCUCCUGAUUUGUAUUGCAUGGACAAUAUAAAAUCUUGCACACUAUUCUUCUGGAUAAUAAAUCUUUUCAGUCAGUUGUCAGCAAGCAUCCUUCAUUUCUGUUAUGUAUUAACUCCAGAGAACCAUGGUUGGACAGUUAGACAGACUUAAGUGUAGAUGCUAGAUAGACAGAAGGAUGCAUGCGUAUGUAUGUAUGUGUGGAGUUUCAUCAUCAAUUAUGUUAUGACAACAAUACCAUGUUGCAUUCUUUCAGGCUGAGGCUGCCCAAUAUUUAAAACUAAUGCUCUGCAUAUUCACACACUAAGAAAUAAUUAUACCUCUUUAUGGUUUUACAAACACACGUCG